AUAUUAUAAAAAGGCACAUUUCUCCAUUAUUCCACUACUGAGGUAAUUCCUACUCCAGGCCUGUAGGGGUCGAUAAUACGCUCAUCGCGGUGUUUACUAUCCGUCGUUGACUCGGAUGCAAAGCGACGUACACACACACAUAUCACCCACGGCGGUCACACGUGGGUACAGAAGUUUACCAGAGUGAUGUGUGCUCUCGUCAUUUAAAUUAGAAAACAUGUCAAGGAGGCAGAAACAAGCACAGGAAGAAAAGGCGCUAUCUGAAGUCGAAAACAUGGAGGAGCAGGUCCACGAUUCGCCACCCGAGACCAGACGGACCCGCAGCGGCCGCAGAGUGCGCCCUCCUGUUUCACUGAUGGACUCUGAACGCCCGGUGAGGACACCCAGCAGGAGGACCAGGAGGUCUGUGCUCCAGGAGCUGCCGGUGGAGGAAGAAGAAGAAAAUACGGACGAACCUGAGCGAAAACUCGAGGAUGUUUCUGAGCCCGCUGAACCGGAUCCGUGCACACCGUCUGAACCGGAUCCGUGUACACCGUCAGAACCGGCAGCAAGCGGAACCGAGGACAGGCCUACCGGAGACUGUCACCAGCCCGGGUCUGCUCCAGCCGAAACCGCACCUACGAAUCUGGAGAGUGUCCCCCAGAAGAAGAAACCUCGUCUCGGUUCAAGCGUGAAACCGACUCCAGUGAUUCCUCUGGGAAAACCGAAGUCAGGAAGAGUGUGGAAGGACCGCAGCAAGCAGAGGUUCUCUGCUUUGGUGAGAGAUAAGCCUUUGUGUACUUCUUGGGAAAAGAAGAUGAAGGCCAAGCAAGAAAAGGAGAUGGUGAAAAAGUUUUCUUUGCAGCUUAAAGAGGACAAAGCCAAAGAAAAAGAGGAAAAGAGGAAAAGGAGAGAAGACAACCUAAAACGGCGUGUGGAGAAUGAACGUAAAGCAGAGGUUGUGCAAGUGAUUCGAAACACAGCAAAGAUCAAGAGGAUGAAGAAGAAACAACUCAGGAAAAUUGAGAAGAGAGACACACUGGCUCUGCUCCAGAAGACACAGAAGACACAGAAGCAGAACUCAAAAGCUAAAAAGCAAAAAAUCAACACCAAUGACAAAGAUUUAACCUAAAGACUUGAUAUAAUAAAACCAGCUGUUCAUUA